AUGGCGGCCAGCUCCACCGAUGCCUUCAGCGCGCCGCAGCAGCAGCUGGGCGCCAGCAUGCAGCUGUACUCCAACUACUCCCUGGUGUCCGUGACCACGGGCGGCGCCUUCUGGCCCGGGGAGGACUCUGCCUCGCCCCCCCGCCUCGGACCACAACACCUGGGAAGUGGACGAGGAGGAGGCCGUCAAGAGGCGCAUCUACGAACUCAAGGAGACAAUUCCACAACGGACGUUACCUUCUGGUGCGACACCUCCCCCGCGACGCCUCAGAGCAGACCCACCCUUCCAUCUCCCCUACAGGAGGUCCGCGAGCUUCUGUCAGGCUACCUGGUGCAUAGUGUGCAGCUGCAGCCCUCCAGCGGCUCAGCCAGGGUCCUCUUGGCGGAACCCGAAGUGCUGGAGACAUGGUCGAGGUCCCAGCAUACCCUGAGAGGUCACAAGGUCACCAUUUCGCCCUCUAACACUGAAGGACUCCUGUGUGUUGCCAGACUCCCACAGGACUUCAGUGAGGAGGAUUUUGCCAAUCUUGCAGCAUCCUUAGGACAAGUCACCUACUGCUUCCUGAUGCGAUCUGAAAAGACAGGAGAGAGCAAAGGUUACGGUUUUAUCGAAUACACCAACAAGGAGUUAGCGCUACAGGCCAAGGCUUUGCUAGACGGCCGGGAGGUGAGAGACUCUUUGCUGGUGUGUGACUGGCUGGACCCCUCCCACGUCACCUUCGCCUCGCUGCACUCUACCUGUCUCUAUGUGGACCACCUGCCGAGGAACUACAGAGACAUGGGGGAGUUUAGAAGGAUAUUUAGCAAGGUUACAAAUCCUCCGUAUUGCCAGAUCGCAAUGAAGAACGGCGCACUGCAGGACUGGGGGCUCGUGGAGUUCCUGGAGGCGGAGGACGCAGAGGAGACCGUGUACUGUCUCAACAACUACAAAAUUCGCGGCCACAGCAUUAGAGUGCAAUAUUGCGUGCCUGGUGUCAGAGCCAUCAAUAUUUACAUGAAAAUUCUCAAUGAUCCGGGUGGAAAGAAGCGGUCUGCAUUGUUGCCAGAACCUCCUGCCAACAAGGUUUUCUCUCAGCUGCAAAACUUGACGAAACACAACCCGGCCUUUGCCACCAGCCUUCAGAACAUCAUCCUGACACAAAUCCAGAACCUGACGGGGGGCGACCUGACGCGGGGCCUCCACCGCCUCAAGGACCCCCUCGAGGACCACGCCCCCCACCCACAGCCAGGCCACCCCCUCCUCCACCUCCCCCAACCUCAACGUCCCCAACUCCUACCCCCGUUGAUGCAAAUGCAGCAGCAGCAGCAGCAGCAGCAACAGGAGGCACAGCAGCAACAGACAAACAACCUGCUGGCGAGUCCUUAUGUUCUCAAUCUCCUGCAGACUUUAGUGCAGCAGGGAGAUCCUCACCAGCCCCCCACCCAGCCUCCAGCCUCCCUGCCCCCCAACCAGCCCCCACCUCAGCCCCCUGCAGCAGAUCUCAGGGGCAGCUUCACUGCCAAGCAGCACAGCCAGAACGGGAAUGCUGGGAAUGCCGCUGUUGCCCACCCCUGCCUCUGGAGGGAACUAUGGUGGUGGGUCGUGGGAGGAAGGAGGCGGCGGCGGCGGUGGUGGUGGUGGUGGCGGUGGUGGCAGUGGUGGUGGUGGUGGCAGCGAGGGGGAGGGUGGCCUGGCACCACUGCUGUCCGGCCUGCUGACCAGCCUGCCGGGGCUCUCAGGACAGAAGACAGUGAAGGAAGACCUGCAGGGGACCAUCUCCACCCUGCUGUCCAAUGCACACAGCCUGCAACAGCUGCUGGGCACCCUCACAGCCAACCAGCACCAGCAGCCCCCUCCCUCUGUCCCCCCUGUGAGCUUAGGCCACCCCCCCAUGGCUGUCUCCAUCCCUCCCCCUCAUGUGGCCACCUCUGCCCCCCUACAGCACCCAGCCAAUCCCCUCAUGUCCAUGCUGUUGACGGCCGCCACAGGCCCCCCAAGCCCUCCCUGCUGGGCGAUGGCCCCCUCCAUCCUGAUGCUUACCUCCACCCCCACCUGCCGCCCCCCACCCUGGAGCAGCCACCUCACUUGGCCCCGCCCCCACUGGAGCAGCCCCCGCCCCCUCCUAUCUCCUCUGCCCCGGCCUUCCUCUUUGCCUCCCCUGUGUCCUCCCGUGUGGGGCCCGCCUGGUCCCCUCCGCCCAUGCCUCCCCCACCCCCCGCCCUGCUGCAUCCCGCCCCGCUGCCCCACCCCGCCUCACUGCCACACUCCCGCUUCAUCAGCCCCGUGUACCUCACCCCGACCAAGACGAUGGGUCCCCCGCUGCACCCCAUGGGGCCGGCAGGGGGCUUCAUCACCCCAGUGGGGCAGAAGCGCAAGUCCAACCACAUCCUGCCCUCCCCCGAGCCAAGCCCCGAGAAUGGAUACGUGGGGCAGCACUCCCAGGGCCUCGGGGGGCAUUACGCGGACUCCUACCUCGUCAAGAAACACAGGAAGCACUGAGCUGCGGCGGAGUCCGGGGCAGCCCCGCGCGGCACCUUCUUCCAGCCCUGAGUUGGGUGCCAUGCGGGCUGGGGUGUUGACUGUCUAGCGGCGGCGGGGCGGGGUGAAGGAUGGGAAGGGGCAGCUGAGAUAGAGCUUGACGGUGCAGUGACUGGCGAUAUUAAAAGGUUCAGCUUAACACAAAAAUGAAGUGCCUUUCACAGCAUCAGUAGUCAAAUAAUUCUAGCAGCUUUGUAAGUUAUUUCGUGGAGACACCGAGUUUGCUUGAUGGAGGUUUUGUACGAAUAACUAUUUUCUUAGCUCAGCUGCGGUGGUGGUGGUGGUGGUGGUGGGUGGUGGUGGUAGGGUGGUGCGGGUGGUGGUGCCUGAAGUCAUAGCUGUCUUGUCUGACUGUCGCGGGCAUUACAGUCCCACGGGAUCCGAGGCGUUGGCCGGCGCGGCGAGGGGCGGCCGGCGGCGGUGGACCUGCCGGGCGGUUCUCUUGAAGCUCUGGUCUCCGAGGUAAAACUAAGACUUAUAUAUUGGACUGUAGGAGAACACAGCACUGGGAGGCGGCAGAGGCCCCCGUGAGGUCCUCUUGGGCACAGCAGGACCAGCACUCCUGUUCCCCUCAGUGCCCAAUGUUAUCAUGUAAACACAACUUUAGAUUUUAGCGUUGCAUCUUCUCUCUCUGUCCUCAUGCCAGAUUAUAAUUAUAUACUGUAUCAACAUAUCCUUUGCUGGAGUUACAGUGUUUGUACAUAGUGACGAAAGACACCCACACACAUACACACAUAUACAGACACACACACACACUCGGACACUUACACACACACACAGGUACACUGACACACACAAACCAAGACUACUAGGGGGAACACUUUUAAGGAUUGUGGUGUGUAGAAUGAGAAUUACUGGAUCAGAUCAAACAAGUUGGCUGGAGUUUGUGAGGGUUGUGUUCUGCCGGAGUCCUGUUGGCGUGCAUGAGAGUGUGAGAGAACAAGAGUAUGCCACAACUUGCAACAGAGAUGACGAGUGUGCAAAUGAAUGCAAAUGAAUGCUUGAAUGAGUGACUGAGUGAGUGAGUGAGGACCAGGCAGUGUAGCAAGUAAAAAAAAAAAAGGAUAAAAUGGAUGAAAAAAAAUAAAUAAUCCUAGGUGACACUACGCCAGCCGUGUGUGUGUGUGUGUAGAGGCACGGCAUGGCUGGCCUGCGGGGUACCGGGCAUUAGUAGGAUUAAAAGUAUGCUGUAAUUAAUGGUCUAGCUGUAUAUAAGUUCUUGCGUUUUGUUUCUUAACAGUAACUACAUACAGUACGUGCAUAUAUAUAUUUUGGAGAUGACUAGCCAGCCAAGUAAGUAGGUCUGAUGCGGACUUAGUUCAGAAUGAGUCGUUGGGAGAGGCGCCACACUCUCCCACGACGUGUGCCGUUGGUCUGGCCACGCCCCCAACACUGCUGCUGCGGGGGUGGGGUGCACCGAUGGGGCCGCAUUGGCCUCCGGUGCCUGGCAACUCCACUCCGACCUCUCAGUUUGGUUGUGAACUUGCUUCGUGUUGGGUGUGUGUGGCCGUAGCUCCUUCACUGACCUGUCGCCUUCCUUUCCACACCUCAGCGGCCCUGGCGGCGGCGGCACAUGGCAGCGGGCAUUACACACAGCAUGUGGUGGCCGUGGCUUCCCUGUGGCCUGCCCUGCUGCCUGCCUGCCUGCCGAGGGACCUCUCCACCUUACAUUGCCUUCCUCCAUCUGUGUUUUAUGUUGUUAAUUGUGUUCUAACCUCAUUAUAUUUUCAACUGAGGCCGGGACAGGCGGGAGGCCGGCUGUCCGUCAUGCGGCGCCGCCCUCGUGCCUCCCGCAGCCUGUGGUGCCGUGGCGGGGUGGGCGGGGCAGCGCGGCACACUGCCCCAGGUGCUGUGCCGCGCCCUGUGUUCUGCCAUCACACACGGCCACACUCUUGUCUCCCUGUCUCCUGUUAAUCUUAAGGCAAGCCACUACAUUCGGCAUCUUUACUACAAUAUAUAUGAGAUAUUA